AUGGCUGAUAUGAACAUGGGCGAGUUGCCCACCAUCAAAUGCUCCAAUUGUGGGUGCAAUGUCGAGAUCUCCUCGAUGGGGGAUCACACUUGCAUCCAGAAGGAUUUUGUUGCGCCCAUUCCAUCUCCGCCUCCAUCGGCGGGGUUCGAAGCGCCAGACCGACUCACCACGAUGACAAAGGCUGGCCGGGGCGGGCCUCCCCCGGCGAUUGACCCCUCUGCUGCAAAUCGAGCAUUCCUGCAGCCAAAUAUCCCAACACCAGCUAGCAGUGUUCAUCCAUCACCUAUGCCCCGAUCGCCACUGCGCCCGCAGCCCAGUCCGAUGGUCCGCGACGAUGAAACCAUGCUCAAAUUGGAUUCGGUCUUCUCAUUUCCCAUGCCUGGAAACAGGUCGCCGACCGAAGUGAGAACGCCAAGUCCAAUGAUAGACGCGCCUAGGCCUAAAUCCCGACCAUCCGUUUCCUCACUGGGACCGGGGCUGAGCGGAAUGCCGGAUAAUGUUCAGCUUCCACCCAGCCCAAUGCCGCCUCCAAACCCCGCAGAUACGAAGUCCGCCGAUAUUGAUCAUGCUAGGGGGAUUCGGCGCAGUCGCUACGGCGAAUCCAUGGCGAGAUCUUCAUCUAACAGCCUUUCGCGAGGCUUCCGGUCGUUUAUGGAGGACAUUCCACCAGUUCCGCCGGCGCCUCUGCGCACCAGUCCCAACAAGCCUUCUUUCAGCCGCGAUUCGAAUGCUUCAGCGGCCUCAUCUCGGAUUAGCAAGGAGGAAGCCAACGGAUUCGACUUUGGGAUCCCGACAGGCCGGAACUCUCCCAUUGAACUAGACGAUCUACCCGAGGAAUCCCCUCCGGCGGACUUCAAGGAUACUACUGAAUACAUUGCGUACCAGCCUCCGCAGAGUCACCUCCAUCCCGCGACAGCAGCAAUAGAGCCAAGUACCAAUGCACCAAGAAAGAGUUCAAAUGCAAGUACCACGAGUGCAUUUUCCGUCACUAGCUUCGCGCGUGCUCUUGGAUUGGAGGACCAGAUGAAUCACAAUGAAAGUUUUGGGUCGUCUUCUGAUUCAUCGCCUUCCGACGCCCGAAGUGGGAGUUCCAUGUCCAGCCUUCCCUCCGAUGUCAGCUUCAAUCAACACAAACCCAUCGAUCCGCUCAAUAUCACUCCUUUGGUGAAAGAAUCACCUCCCCGGACCCGACAGACGAUUCUAGAACUACCCGACCGUGCACGGAGUACGAUGGAGGAUGUUCCUCCCAUCCCGGCUGCGUUUUUCAGCCCGGAUUCGCCUACCGAUCCUUCAAUCAACAGAGGUGGCUUGUCCUUGAUUGCAGAGAGGCAUGUGAAGCCUCUAGCCCAGAUCGCAGCGAAACCGAAGGAAUCUAUCCCAUCUAAGCCGACACAGCCUCAACGAUCAUUCACAGCACCUGUCCCACAAACACCUGUCCCGCAAACACCUACCCCGACAACAGCACGCUCGAAGGGGAAAUGUAAGGGUUGCAACGAAGUAAUCACAGGAAAGUCGAUAUCCUCCUCGGACGGCCGUCUCACAGGUCGAUACCACCGUGGCUGUUUCGUUUGCUUUGAGUGUCACUCUCCUUUCCAAACGGCCGAUUUCUACGUCCUCAACAACCGCCCCUUCUGCGCACAACACUAUCACGAGCGCAACGGAUCUCUCUGCGCCGGCUGUCACACCGGCAUCGAGGGCCACUACUUGGAGACCGUCGAGCGCAACCCUGCCGGGCCGGAUCGCCGUCGAUUCCAUCCACAGUGUUUGCAAUGUCGCACAUGCCACGUGCUUCUCAAGGGCGACUACUUCGAGUGGAACGGCGAAGUCUUCUGCGAACGGGAUGCUCGCCGAGCUGCAGCCGCCCACUACCCACCACCAGCUCCUGGAGCCCGCCGCCCGCUAGGCUCGUCUCCGCUAGCCCAGCCCGGCCAAUUCCCUCCGGGCCCGUAUCCUCCUGGCCCAAGACUCGGACCUGGACCCCCUGGACCUGGAUACGGACCUGGGCCCGGGCCCGGACUCCACCCUGGUCCCCGAUUUCCCCCCGGUGGCGGAGGACGAUUCCCCGAACGACGCACCACGAGGCUCAUGAUGACCUGA